GUGUAGUGCGAUCCACCUACACCCUUUCAGUAUCCUAUUCUCAUGAUCAGAAAGAAGAGAAAGUUCUUCUCCCCCAUCGGCUUUUUCCGUCCAACGUGUAACGGGAUGUGUUUGACAGACCACGCCGAUGGAGACAUCGUCCACAUUUCAUACUGCCUCUACAUUUUCCCUGUCAUUAUCUUUUGUGUUUUCGAAUGGCAGAGUGUGUUUACCAUGAUUCCUUCUGUUCUCUGGGCUUUUUGUCUUCUCUUUUGGUUAGGGUCUCUCUAUUUCUUGUCAGCAACCUAUUUGACAGAGCCAGGCCUCAUUCCCAAAGGCGCGCCGCUGACACCCGAGCAAAUUCGUUUGAUAUCGGAAACUCCCUCCCAACGUUUGCUCCGCCAAGUCUUCAUCUGCAUCAAAGAUGGCAACUACAACCGUCUCGAGGAACUCCUAGACCACACCCCUUCUCUGGUCAGCGAAUCUAAUAACGAGGGUCGCACCGCGCUGCACAUCGCCGCUUUCCGCGGGGAUUACGUGGCCUGCGACCGGAUCCUCCACCACGGCGCGAAAGUCUCCCCCGACGUCUACUCGCUGACGCCUCUACACUACGCCGCCUUCGAAGGAGCGGAGGACGUGGUGGAUCUGCUGCUGAAACACCUGCACGAUUUGGAGUCGUCCAUCGCUCUCGCCGACCCCAACGUCGAGGACAACGCGUCCGACGAGGGCGACAGCGGGCUGCUCAACAGCGACAACAUCCUCGAUUUGAUGAAGAACAAAGUCGUCUGCGAGCUCGGGCCCGAUUACGCUUCCCCGCGGGGAGAGUGCACCAUGCUGCCGCCGUACAGCGGGAUUCCGCGGUCGAUCGUGUUCGACGGUCACGUGGUGAGUUCCGCGAUUUGCCGGCAAUGUUGUUUAAACUUGCCGCCGCGCGCGCAACACUGCCGGUUUUGCGAUUGCUGCGUGAUGAAAUUCGAUCAUCAUUGCCCCUGGGUCAGUAAUUGCAUCGGUCUGCGGAAUCACCGAUAUUUUGUAGCGCUGCUUGUGUGUUCGGUGUUGUUUUUGCUGCUGUCGAUCGUGAUGAUGAUCUUGUUGGUGGCGAAGGAGGCGAAGAAGGGAUUGAAUGCCACCGAGGGAGGGAGAACGGUGUGGAGAACGCUGCUGACACACUGGGUCGCGGUGUUACUGGGCAUUAUUGAUGUUGUUGCGGUGGUACCGAUGACGAUGUUGUGCUGGGUGCAUGUGAUGCUGGUGGCGAAGAAUAUGACCACUCAGGAGUAUCGAAGGGCUAAUUACCGGUUUGUUUCCAAUCCGGUGUACGACAAGGGCGUAUGGAAGAACAUCAGAAACGAGCUCUUCACCUACCAUCCUUCUUUGCUGGCUACCACGUUGCACUCGAAUAAGCGACCGGACAUCGAGCGACGACGGGAUUUCAAUGUAUCAUACAGUGUUUGUUCAAGACAAAUUUGGCUCAUCGGGUGUGGAGCAAUACAAAAAGAGUCUUCAAAGGUGCGGAUCUACUGA